AUGGAACAAGAUAAGGAUGCCUCUCAACAUAUGUCAUGGUAUCCCUACAACAUUCUCCAACCAAAGUGCUACACUGGGACCAAGGAGGAUCCCAACCUGGUCCCCUCCAUCUCCAGCAAGAGGAUCCUGGGUUGCAUCUGUGAAGAGGACAACAGCUGUGUGAUCUGGUUCUGGUUGCACAAGGGGGAGCCCCAGCGCUGCCCCUGCGGUGCCCAUUACAAACUGGUCCCCUGCCAUCUGCCACACUGAGAGGGUGCCCUGACCCCUGCGGGACCCUCCUGUCUCUGUUCUGUGGGAUCCCAGGCCAAGCUGCCUUCUCUUUACAAUGUCGUGUUACUUCUUGGAGCCAAUAAAGAGUUGGUGUGUUAAAGGCAUUGCCUCU